AUGGUGGCUGCAGCAAUUUCCAGUACUGACCCGAGAAACCCACCUCGAGAUCGGCAAGAUAAACCUCAAUCCGUAGCCAGCAAUGGCGGACAGAGAAGACCCAGAGGCAAACAGGUUCCGUCUCGCUACUUAUCUCCUUCUCCUUCUCACUCCGUCUCCUCAAACACCACAACCACCACUACCACUACCACAACCACAUCUUCCUCUUCGUCUUCUUCAUCCUCUGCGGUACUCAAGACAAGCAAACGAUACCCCUCGCCUCUACUCUCUCGCCAGACGAAUUCCGCUUCUAAUUCGAUCAAAACGCCUUCGUUGCUUCCCAAACGGUCGCAAUCGGUGGACCGUCGACGACCCUCGGCGAUUCCGGUCACUGUAGGAACCAGCGGAACCGAAAUGUCGGCGGCGACGAAGAUGCUCAUCACUUCCACCAGGAGUUUGUCUGUCUCCUUUCAAGGCGAGGCGUUUUCGCUUCCGAUUAGCAAAAAGAAGGAGGCCACCACGCCGGUCUCUCACCGGAAAUCCACUCCGGAGCGGCGGAGAUCGACGCCUGUUCGAGAUCAAAGAGAGAACUCAAAGCCAUCGGACCAACAACGCUGGCCCGGAGCUUCACGCCGGGGAAACUCCGAAUCCGUCGCGCCGAAUCCGCUUUCUAGAAGCUUAGACUGUGGUAGUGAUAGAGGAAAGCUCGGAUCUGGGUUUGUAGGGAGGUCAAUGUUGCACAAUUCGAUGAUUGAUGAGAGUCCUAGGGUUUCCGUUAAUGGCAGAUUGAGUCUAGAUUUGGAAAGUAGAGAUGAAUUUUCGGAAAUUGGAGAUGAGAGCCAGAGAAGACCAAAUAAUGGUUUAACCUCUAGCGUCUCCUGUGACUUCACUGCUUCUGAUACUGAUAGUGUUUCUUCUGGUAGCACCAAUGGUGUCCAUGAAUGUGGCUCUGGUGCUAAUGGAGAAAUCUCUAAAUCAAGAAGCUUGCCUCGUAACAUCAUGGCGUCUGCUAAGUUCUGGCAAGAGACGAAUAGCCGGUUAAGGAGAUUGCAAGAUCCUGGUUCGCCAUUACCUUCUAGCCCGGGCUUGAAAACGAGUAGCAUAUCGUCAAAAUUUGGUCUUUCGAAACGGUUUUCUAGUGAUGCUGUUCCUUUGUCAUCUCCUCGUGGUAUGGCUUCUCCUGUGAGAGGCUCUGCUAUACGCUCUGCUUCACCGAGUAAGCUUUGGGCGACGACUACGUCGUCGUCUCCAGCUAGGGCGCUCUCGAGUCCUUCUCGAGUGAGGAAUGGGGUUUCUGAUCAGAUGAACGCUUAUAACCGGAACAACACGCCUUCCAUUCUUAGCUUCUCUGCUGAUAUUAGGAGAGGGAAGAUUGGGGAAGACCGUGUUAUGGAUGCGCAUUUGUUGAGGCUUCUGUAUAACCGUUACCUGCAGUGGCGGUUUGUCAAUGCGAGAGCUGACUCUACUUUGAUGGUGCAGAGAUUAAACGCAGAGAAAAACCUGUGGAAUGCAUGGGUAUCAAUCUCGGAACUGCGCCACAGUGUUACAUUAAAACGAAUCAAGUUGCUUUUGCUAAGGCAAAAAUUGAAACUGGCUUCAAUUCUGAGGGGACAGAUGGGUUAUCUAGAAGAAUGGUCUCUUCUAGACAGAGAUCAUUCAGGUUCUUUGUCUGGAGCAACUGAAGCCUUGAAAGCCAGCACGCUUCGUCUACCGAUUGUUGGAAAAACCGUGGUUGAUAUCCAAGACCUUAAGCAUGCUGUUAGUUCAGCUGUCGAUGUAAUGCAAGCUAUGUCGUCUUCCAUAUUCUCGCUUACAUUGAAGGUUGAGGAAAUGAACUCAGUAAUGGUCGAAACCGUGAAUACAACUGCAAAGGAAAAGGUAUUGCUUGAGAGAUGUCAAGGUUUCUUAUCAAGAGUAGCAGCUAUGCAGGUUACAGAUUGUAGCAUGAAGACGCACAUAAUACAACUAAGUCGGAUACCAAUCACAAGCAGCUUGACUUCACAACAACUGUAG